AUGUCGGCUGGCUUGAUCCCCACCAACCCGGCAGACCUUAUGGUCAUCCGCAAUGUUACGCCAAACGUUACCACUUUCUCUGUACCCUUUUCCCGAUUUGGCAAGCUCAGCAUUGGUGGCCGUGGAACCCUUGUGAGACUCACAUCUGGCGCCCUCGCUGUCUUCUCUCCUGUUGCUCUCACAGAGGAAACAAAAACCAAAGUCGCAGAACAGGGAGGCAACGUGGGUUAUAUCGUUGCCCUGGAUUUUGAGCACCACAUUUUCAUCUCUGAAUGGGCCAAGCAAUACCCCAACGCCAAAAUCAUCGGCCCGGAGGGCCUUCCCGAGAAGCGCGCAAAGCAAACUAAGGACCCUAAGAUCAACGACGACAAAUUUGCCGUUGUCUUUACUAAGAAUGGCAAGCGUGACAUCAAAAUCGGCGACGAAUUCGACGCCGACUUCGACUACGAGUAUGUCGAUGGUCAUGCAAACAAGGAACUUGUCUUCAACUACAGGCCAGACAAGGUUCUUAUCGAGGCCGAUCUCCUGUUCAACCUACCUGCUACCGAGCAAUACAGCAAGGUGCCUGCAUCUCAGAGACCAAGCGGCUUCUUAAACAAGUUGUUCCAGAGCGUGCAGAGCACGAGUGGAGAGGCCACAUGGAGCAAGCGGGCCAACUGGCAUCUUUCCAAGGAUCGCGACAGCAUGGGCGAUAGCCUGAAAGUCAUUGACAAGUGGGAUUUCACAACGCUGAUUCCUUGCCACGGAGAUGUCCUUGAUGGAAACGGAAAGGAGAUAUUCCGAAAGAUGUUUCAGUGGUAUUUAGUGGGAAAGAAAUAAGACUUGGUAAUGACUUGAUUUGCAAUGGCUUAUGGCGGAGUUUGAUGAUGUAUGUAAUAUUUCAGGUUGGGGGUUUUCUUUUUUUUUCGGCUCAUGCAACUUGCUCUUCUUAUCAAUUAGCAAUUAUAGAACAUAAUUUAAAGAUAAUAUUCUAUUU